UUGUGCAGUCCGCUCCGUCUUCUAUCGGUCUCCCGCCAUCGGACACCGUUCCGUCAACAAAUCCAUUACAAUGCCUCCGAAAACACUGAGGCAACCCGUGUUCUUUUGUAUCCAUUGCGGCAACAAGUUCACUCGCAAAGAACAUCUAGAACGCCACAUCGCUUCUCAUACUGGUGCGAGGCCUUGGUCAUGCGUCCAUUGCUUUAUGCCGUUUGGCCGUCAGGAUCUACUCCGGCGACACCUGAAGAUUUACCAUUCGGUCUCAGACGACUUGGACCCAAUUCCACCCCAAACCGGUGCGCACAAGCCGGACGUGGCAUGCCAGCCCUGUCACAAAGCCAAGUGCCAGUGUGAUAAGCAGAAACCGACGUGCGGGGCGUGCAAAAAGAAGGGUAUCACAUGUGUCCCACGUGAGUCCAGGAGAGUAGUCAAGCAGGAGACCCGGGCCCGCCGUUCAGCAGCGCCGCAACAACCUCCUCCGCCCGCCCAAGUCCCUCUACCUGCUCAACCCGCACGAGAUGAGCAAAACCAACAAGAACCAGUCAUGGAGGCUUCUCUUGAAACCAUGAUUGACGGCGAGGCAUACCAGCAAGAGCGACGGGCAUCACAUAUCCAGCAGGGUCUUUACCAAGGAACGGGACCACAGAGCUCGUUCAUACCACAAGUACCUUUGACUAGAAAUUUGGCUCCUGGAGUCGGCUUCCCCAACUUCUACGGUUUUUCCAAUCCUACCAGCUACGGAGGUUUCGACGGUUAUGGUAAUCCGAUCCAGUCGUUUGGUCCGAAGCCCACGCAUCUCGGUUCUCAGAAUGACCCUUCAUUGAAUAUACCUGACUUGAGUCCGGGCUCAUUGAAUAUACCCGACUUGAGUCCGGGCUCAUUGAAUAUACCUGACUUGAGUCCGGGAUCAUCUACCUCUAUCGAAACCGGCUUUGAGACGCUUGACGACAUCCCAGACAUGAACGGGUUUUCAGGUUAUGGCGAGGUCGUAGUGAAUGGCAACAACCACCACUCACUUGCAGGCGAGGGUACAGUACCUUGGAGUUGGGAAACAAAUUCGCUCAACGGUUAUGGGUACAUGUAAGCGCAGGUUUUACCCGCACCAGUUUCGGGUCUUUUUUUUCUUUGUGUGUUGCUUGGUUAUGAAAGUGAUUGUCAGCGGG